AUGCAGCCGCUGUCCUUGCUGGGGCUGGUAUUCCUCCUGCCAGGUAAGAUGGUUGUUUUCAUUUUACUACUUCCAAAUUUAAUCAAAGGUUAGCUUGCCUGUGAAUGAGAGUUGCUAGCCAAAACUAAUUACAGUGGUACCUCAGGUUACAGACGCUUCAGGUUACAGACUCCGCUAACCCAGAAAUAGUACCUAGGGUUAAGAACUUUGCUUCAGGAUGAGAACAGAAAUUGUGCUCCGGCAGCACAGCGGCAGCAGGAGGCCCCAUUAGCUAAAGUGGUGCUUCAGGUUAAGAACAGUUUCAGGUUAAGAACGGACCUCCGGAAUGAAUUAAGUUCUUAACCUGAGCUACCACUGUACAGCUUUCAUAAUGAACGCUGUCUGUUAUUGCAGGACAACACUGUAGAUCAUGGGUUGGCAAACUAAGGCCCCAGGCCGGAUCUGGCCCAGUUGCCUUCUGGAUCCGGCCUGCGGACGGUCCGCGAAUCGCCGCGUGGUUCAGCGUGGAUCUGAUCAUUCGGGCUGCGCCAUUUCCCCCUCCUCUCCCUCACACACACCAUGGCGGCACCUCCCUCCCUCCCUCCUCCUGGCUUCUCCCUGCCCUGCCUAGAGCAGAGAGAAGGGGCGGGGCUUUGUUGGUGCCAGCAGCAGCAGCAGUGUGAGUGAGCACUCAAGCAGCCACCAUUGUAAGCAGGCUGAAUUUGGGGUUUGUUGCUGCCAAUGGCAGAGCUUCAUGCUUCAGCACUGGGGGGCGGAGAGCAGGCAAGGGCGGGGGGGCAGCCACGAUGGCACCCCACUAGGAUCGCACUGCCGGGUGCAGUGAGCUUCCCCCACACUCCUUUUCCUCCACCAGUGGUUGCUGCCGGCCCCUCUCCGGAGCCCUUUUGUGCUGCUCAUCGUUCCGCUUUCGCCAGCCCCUGCUGCUUGCAAGACACAGGUAAGCAGCCACCAGGCCUUGUACAUUCAUUCAUCCCCCCCAAAAAAAAUUUUAGUCUGGCCCCCCACAAGGUCUGAGGGACAGUGGACUGGCCCCCUGCUGAAAACGUUUGCUGACCCCUGCUGUAGAUUCUGGUGCUUUCAUAUUAGAAGUGGGAAUGGGGUGGGUGGAGAGAGGAUGGGAGAAGCUUGAACAGUCACAAUUAAGCCAUACCUAACUAAUCUUAAUGAAUAGUGGCAGCUUUAUGGUCUGUGGGGCCCUAUGUGGGGGGCUAUUGUUCUGCCAAAUAAGUGUGACUAAGUCAAAAUUAGGGGUGUAUGAGAAGAUAACAAUGGAAUACAGUGGUACCUCAGGUUAAGAACUUAAUUCAUUCUGGAGGUCCGUUCUUAACCUGAAACUGUUCUUAACCUGAGGUACCACUUUAGCUAAUAGGGCCUCCUGCUGCCAAUGCACCACCGCCACACGAUUUCUGUUCUCAUCCUGAGGUAAAGUUCUUAACCCAAGGUGCUAUUUCUGGGUUAGCGGAGUCUGUAACCUGAAGCGUCUGUAACCCGAGGUACCACUGUAUAGGAAAAAGGAGGGGGUGAUGACGAAGCCUCUGCCACCCCAACCAGCUUUGGAAUUUAGAUACACACACAUAAACACACACAGUUGCUGGGGAGAAGAAAGAUUGUAACCUAGCCUGCUUCUUUUUGUUCUUCAGGAUGUUUCUCUGACUUGACCGUCCUCAAGAUGCAUGCAAUCCUGGGAGGAUUGGCGUCUGUGGAAUGCAGAUAUGAUGAAUGGUAUAAGGGAAACCCAAAAUACUGGUGCAAAGAAAUGAGCAAAACAUCAUGUGACAAAAUUGUCGAGACUUCGGGUACAGAAGAGCCAGUGAGGAAAGGCAAAGUCUCCAUCAGAGACAACCAUUCAUUAAACCAAUUCACAGUGACGAUUGAUGAGCUGACCAACAGUGAUUCCGGCAUGUACAAAUGUGGCGUGAUUGUGCGGGGAGGUUCGGAUCUGAUGGUUCCAGUCAAUGUGACAGGUAAGUUAAUGAGUCCCCCUGCUUUGAUUUUAGCCCAGGAAGCCAAAUCGCAGCUGAAGUGAUGGCGAGAAUAGAGAGAAUAGAGAGAAGGAGAGGACUGCUUUUCCCCAUUGGACUAAAGGAGCGUCUCCACUCCCAUUGUUCUGCCCCGACACUGAGGUCCAGCGCAGAGGGCCUUCUGGCGGUUCCCUUGCUGCAAGUUACAGGGAACCAGGCAGAGGGCCUUCUCGGUAGUGGCACCCACCUUGUGGAACACCCUCCCACCAGAUGUCAAAGAGAUAAACAACUACCAGACUUUUAGAAGACAUCUUAAGGCAGCCCUGUUUAGGGAAGUUUUUAAUGUUUGAUGGACUAUUGUAUUUUAAUAUUUUGUUGGAAGCUGCCCAGAGUGGCUGGAGAAACCCAGCCAGAUGGGUGGGGUAUAAAUAAUAAAUUAUUAUUAUUAUUAUUAUUAUUAUUAUUAUUAUUCACUAAUCUACAGCCCUAACAUCCAAAUGGUUUGAUUGUUCUCCAGCAGUCUUCCUUGGUUCUCAGUCCCCAGAGAUGGAUGGACUACAGUGCUCCAAUCCUUGACCUGGCUGGAGAUGAUGAGGGUCAUUGUCCAACAACAUCAGGGGACCCAUGCAUGAUGGGAGCAUUAGGGCUGUCCAAGGGACUCAACCCUUUAAUGCAAAUUCAGAACAUAUGGAAAUAUUAGGCUUUGGCUAAAAUUGCAUUAAGCCAAAUGUCACCAUCAAAGCAGGUCACAAGAUUCUGUGUUUCUCCUUACCUCAUUCUUUUUUAAAAAAUGAAAGUCUAAAGGAUUGUUUCUAAGUUGGAAAUGAAAGUGUUACUAAGAGUCUCUUCCCAUACCGCCAUCCAAUUUCCUUUGUAGCUUCUGCUUUUUUAUGUUUGCUUUCAUGCUCAAAAUUUCUGGAGAAUAUGAGUGACCCAGGCGGUAUUGUAUCUUCAUCCCAUUAAAGCUCUCUUUUUUCCAGUUAAUACCUUCCUUAUAUUGUUUUUCACCUGAUCAAACACAUGUUUGUUGUCUACAGCUUCCUUAAGUAGGAGUCAUGUUGGCUUCAGUCAAAUCCUAUAUGCGUUGGCCACUCCUGUAUAAACUACAGUGGCAGCAACCACUGGCGGAGGAAAAGGAGUGUGGGGGAAGCUCACCGCACCCGGCAGUGCGAUCCUAGUGGGGUGCCAUCGUGGCUGCCCCCCCCCGCCCUUGCCUGCUCUCUGCCCCCCGGUGCUGAAGCAUGAAGCUCUGCCAUUGGCAGCAACAAACCCCAAAUUCAGCCUGCUUACAAUGGUGGCUGCUUGAGUGCUCACUCACACUGCUGCUGCUGCUGGCACCAACAAAGCCCCGCCCCUUCCUCUCUGCUCUAGGCAGGGCAGGGAGAAGCCAGGAGGAGGGAGGGAGGGAGGUGCCGCCAUGGUGUGUGUGAGGGAGAGGAGGGGGAAAUGGCGCAGCCCGAACGAUCAGAUCCACGCUGAACCACGCGGCGAUUCGCGGACCGUCCGCAGGCCGGAUCCAGAAGGCAACUGGGCCAGAUCCGGCCUGGGGCCUUAGUUUGCCGACCCAUGGUCUACAGUGUUGUCCUGCAAUAACAGACAGCGUUCAUUAUGAAAGCUGUACAGUGGUACCUCAGGUUAAGAACUUAAUUCAUUCCGGAGGUCCGUUCUUAACCUGAAACUGUUCUUAACCUGAAGCACCACUUUAGCUAAUGGGGCCUCCUGCUGCCGCUGUGCUGCCGGAGCACAAUUUCUGUUCUCAUCCUGAAGCAAAGUUCUUAACCCUAGGCACUAUUUCUGGGUUAGCGGAGUCUGUAACCUGAAGCGUAUGUAACCUGAAGCGUAUGUAACCCGAGGUACCACUGUAUAGACCAGGGGUCGGCAACCUAAGGUCCAUGGGUCACAAGCAGCCCACGGGGGUCGUUUAACCAGCCCACGAGCUGCCCCCAAGCUGAGCAGCCCCCUCAGCAACUCCCUGUGCACUGUGCUAAACCGUCACAGUGCAGCUCAGGGACUCACUUCCACGGCGCCAGAAAUCACGUCUGCGCAGACGCAGAUGCCAGAAAUCGCAGGCGCAUGCACGAUCCAGCCCACAGAGGGAUCUCCACUGGAGUGAACUGGCCCAGGUGAGGUAAACCUUGCUGACCCCUGCUGUAGGCCAUGCAAGAUAGAGAUUGGAGAAUGGAUUGUUCUGGAAAGACUGAAUGUAGAGGGAAACUUAAUCCAUUGAUUAUCUUUAAGUGACAGCAAGAGUCAUCUAUUCAGGCUGAGGUCGGGUUUAUGUCACUCACAGACUUACUGUGGAGCAGCCCAAUUUCACACCUUUGUCUUCCAUUCUUCUUCUUUCUAUAUUAGAAACUACCAGAGGACCAGAAGACGCCUUUCACAAGGAUAUCAGUUCUAUCAGGUGCGUGAACUUCCUUCACAGCAUGUCCUGGUCUGAGCCACUCUUUCCCUUCUGACUUGUCUAUGUGUUCUGCUUCCCGGAGGAACAGAAUAAUUUCUUUAUUUGUGAAUAAGAUUCCAUUUAUGAACCUCUUUCCCAAAAAUAUCUGAACGCAAUUUCACAGUAAAAACAUCAGCAAUAAAAACAAUACAGAACAAUUCUAUAUAAAAAAAGCAAACCCAAUACAGAUGCGGACAGGAAUAAAGAUCUCCAAUUUAAAGACUGCAAUUGAAUGUCUGCAAUCUCCUGCUACUACUACUGCACACACACACACACCCCUUUGUACUGGCACAUGCAGGUUGUGGAGCCCCUGCUAACAAAUCGGUACAAGGUGGUAAAUCUUAAAAUAGUUAAAUUAGUGUAACACACACACAAUAAGCUGACAUAUCCAAAGAAAAACAAAACAUUUUCCUAUCUGAAAUCUUUCCCACCUUCAUGCAGUUUUUACUGAGUCUCUUCAGAUAAAUGGGAGACACCUAAGAGAAACUUAAGAUUAGGGCGAAUUGUUCUUGUGCAGUGAACAACUUAUAAUUAACUAAAUGGACUUAUUUAUUCAACCUACUCAUUUGAAUCAGGUAUACCUCACAUGUUGCUAAUAGACCAGGUUAAUUAGGUAAAGUUAUUCCUUCCUGCAUUUCCUGAUAAAUUCAGAGUUCAGUCCUUUUCAGCAAAAUAGCACCUAGCUGAAAAAUAAAUCUGUGUGUCUGGAAAUGCUCCACUGCCUGGGACUCCAUACUAUGACAUGAUAAUUAAUUCAUGCAGCUUAAGAUACCCCAGGAACUUAGAGCACAUGUUUUGAAUAUUUUGGAUAAUUGUUAUAUACAUAAUAGGCAGACAGAAAAUCAGAAGACCCUCUUUUACUUUUCUGUUAUUUCUCUUCUUAUCUUGCUUUUCUAAUGACCUUUAAUCCUUGUUUUCUCUCUGUUAAUUCAAUCUAUAUUUAUGCUUUGCCUUUUUGAAGUCUCCUAUCUUGGAUUAAUGAACACAGGAAGGUGGUGGAUGGGAGAUGAAGGGCAGAGCAGAGAGGAUCUCCCAGGGUGUAAGGCUGGGGGAAGAGGGGGAAGCUCCCAGGUGAGAGCUGGAAGGGUUUACUCUUCUGUGUGUGGAGUAAGGAUUAAGAUAUAAAUGUGAUAGAGGACCUUGUGUUUAUUUUCUCUUCCUUGUCUCUUCCUCUUUUUUUCUUCCUUUGCUUUUUUAAAAAAAUGUUUUUCAUUUUUGCAAUUUACCAACGUUUUGGGAUGCCAAACAAAAUUCUUACAAUUUCAAUUUACAUUUCCCUCCCCUCCCCUCCCCUCCCCUCCUUUCUGCGGUUACUUAAUCUGUACCUUUUUGUUACUGCAUAUCCAAUUUGAAUCUGCUUACUAAUUUUCUCUUAUCUUCCUAUUUGAUUAUUUCUUACUGCACAGGUUUAUAUCAUCCGGCUAAUGUUUUAAUUCCUUUGGCAUAUUCUUGCUUCUUUCUUGUUUAUCUUCUUUGGAUUAGUUUUUUGUUGUUGUUGUAUUUUAUGUUGAAAACUCUCAAUAAAAACAAAAACUUCCAUAGCACUCUACUUCAUGAUGCUCUACCCACAGUGAUGCUCUACUUAGGCUUUAUUUAUUAGUCCUUCCUUGCCUCCCCUUCUCCUCAUUUCCUUCCCUACAAGCCAUGCUCGUUUUUGUUUUCCAGAGUAGUCAGGACCCUGAAAUAGCCCCAGUGCAUCUUCUCCAGGAGAAGGGUCACUCUAUUUUGGACUAGUUAAAAUGGGUUUCUCAGGAAACCAUGAUAAAAAUUGUAAAAUGAGAUGAGGGACAGGAAGGAGGGAUUUCUUAGCCUCCAGAAGGCUUCUUUAGAUUAUUUGGGUUCUGUCGGUCAAGGGAGACUAGUGGUGGCCAGUCAGCAGUCAGUCCCCCGAUUGUCAUUCUGCACAAAUACCUUUUUAUUGCUAAUGAUCAUCAAUCCUUACAAUGUGUGGAUCUUGAAGGCAUAAAGCAGAGGUCAGCAACCUUUUUCAGCUGUGGGCCGGUCCACCGUCCCUCAGACCAUGUGGUGGGCCGGACUAUAUUUGCCGCGGUGGGUGGGGGGGAUGAACAAAUUCCUAUGCCCCACAAAUAACCCAGAGAUGCAUUUUAAAUAAACACACACAUUCUACUCAUGUAAAAACACCAGGCAGGCCCCACAAAUAACCCAGAGAUGCAUUUUAAAUAAAAGGACACAUUCUACUCAUGCAAAAACACCAGGCAGGCCCCACAAAUAACCCAGAAAUGCAUUUUAAAUAAAAGGACACAUUCUACUCAUGUAAAAACACGCUGAUUCCUGGACCGUCCGUGGGCCGGAUUUAGAAGGCAAUUGAGCCGCAUCCGGCCCCCGGGCCUUAGGUUGCCUACCCCUGGCAUAAAGUAAGGGACAGAGUUCGUACAAUAAGCCCCCAACUCUGUAAGCCAUGCUUUGUAGCUUCUGGGAUCUUGGUGUAUGCUUUUCAGAGCCACAAAGCUUCUUGUUAGAGAAUGGUGGGGGUAUUGCAUUGCGAUCUACUCCAGUGAGGAUAAUAUUCUGUUUCUCCAAUGCAGAUACCUGGUCUACAUGUGCUUCCUGGUUUCAAUUGCCUUGAAAGCCCCCAUCUUCCUGGGUAUGAUCCUUGCAAUUAUCUGGAUGCGCAGUAAGAAGACAUAG